CGCAUUUCCAGCAUGUGGUAGCACUGGGGCCGGCCAUUCUGCAGCAGUGUCCACCUUGGAGGCAGCAGUGUGAAGUUCGCAGUCUCUGCUGCUUGCCAGAGACCUCCUGUGUUGGUACUGACGUUUCUGGCUUCAAACCAGGGCAUGCUAUUUGCGAAAAGGCUUCCCCUUGUAAUUACGAGUCAAUUUAAUGUGCCAUCUAAGCUGUCAUUUACAGCUGCCUGGUACGGAGUGCUUGGCAAGCAAUGCCUUCAGCCCUACAAAGCCUCUCCUCAAGCCAGUCACGCCUCAGAGGACACCAAAGCCCCCAGGCAGCAGCAGCAGCAGCAGCAGCAGCAGCAGCAGCAGCAGUCGCCAUCAUCUCCUCUUCCUCAACAGAAAAAUGUCCCUCUCACACACAGCCGCCGAGUACAUGCUCUCCGAUGCUCUCCUCCCAGAUCCUGGCAGUUCCCGAGCCAAGGGCUUGCGGCUGGAGCUGCCGAGCGAUCGCCUGCUGAAGUUUGUCACCGUGGGGCUGCCCCUCUUCCUCGUCUCGCUGGCUUUCGCCCGGGAAUUCUCUGCCGGUGUAAUCGCUCUCCUGUAAGGUGUUGUGCACCCAUGCUCACACGACCUCGGUGGCCGAGGUUCACCCUUCUCCUCACCCCAGGCUCGCAGAUCAGCUGCUUCUCUCCCACCAACUUCACGGGGAAGCAGUCUGCCUAUGUCGACACGGCUUGCUGGGACUCCCUCAUCCACCACGGCUUUGAUGACGAGGGACACACUGUCACCAAGUCCCUCUGGGCUCUCAAGGUCUUCCCCUACUCGCUGCUGGUGGUGGCAGUGCUCAUGUACAUGCCUUACCUGCUGUGGCGUUAUGCGGCUGCUCCUGCCCUCCACUCCGACCUCCUCUUCAUCAUCGAUGAGCUGGACAAAUCCUACAACCGCUCCGUGCGCCUGGUGCAGCACAUGAGGAAGGUCCAGCAGGCCAGCACUGAGCCCGAGCGGUUCUGGGAGGAGUAUGAGAGGGCCCGUCGGGAGAGGUAUUUUGAGUUCCCGCUGCUAGAGCGCUACCUUACCUGCAAGCAGCACACCCACUCCCUGGUGUUCAUCUACAUCCUGAGGAACCUGCUUCUGCUCUUGUUCUUGGCUGCCACCUGCCUCUACCUGGUCUUCCUCCACCUCAACAUCUUCUUCCAGGACGAGUUCAGCUGCUCCAUCAAAACGGGGCUGCUCCAGGCGGAGCCCCACAUCCCCCGGCUCAUCCCCUGCAAGCUGGUCUUCUUCUCCGUCUUCCAGCUCAUCAGCCUCUCGAUUGGCGGCGUCUACGUCCUCCUCAUACCCGUCGUCAUCUACAACGCCCUGCAGCUCUGCCAGUGGGACAAGGGGCUGCUCUCUGUCUACGAGAUGCUGCCGGCUUUUGACCUCCUCAGCCGCAAGAUGCUCACCUGCCCCAUCAACGACCUCAACAUCAUCCUCCUCUUCCUUCGGGCCAACAUCUCCGAGCUGACCUCCUUCAGCCGCCUCAACGCUGUGAGCGCCUUGAGGGAAGCCACCGCCAACAAGGAGGACAUCGACACUGUCAUCGACUUCAUGACGCUGCUGGCUGGGCUGGAGACCACCAAGCCCAAACACCAAGCUUGUGCCCCCGAGCCCGACGGCAGCAUGCCCCUCUCCAACGGCGGGGUCCUAGAAAUGAAGCCUGGAGUGGAAGCGAUGGGAAAAGCCUCCCGGGACUCGCUUGGCUCUGCCUGACCCCAAGAGCAGGCAGCUGGCAGGGUGGCUGGGAUCCUGGGAUCCACUUUGAUCCGCUUUCUUGUUGCUGGCAUUGCUGGAGCACAAUAAACUGGUUUUGAUACGA